AUGGCCAGGCGCCGACAGCCGGAACAGAUCUCGUCCGCAGCCUUCAUCGGUGGCGUGGUGCCAUUUGUGAUAGCUGCAUCAGCUGUGGCGGCAGGUGCUGCCGUUGUAGGCGCUGUGCUGGGGUUAGGCGAAGGGUCUGCAGCACCAGCCAUGUUGCACUACAGCACCAGCCAUGUUGCACUACAGCACCAGCCAUGUUGCAUUACAGCACCAGCCAUGUUGCACUACAGCACCAGCCAUGUUACACUACAGCACCAGUGCACUACAGGACUGCUACACUGGAUGGGGAUCCAUCGUCCUCAACCAGAGCCCCGGAUAGACAAUCCAUGUUGCAGCCUAUGCCCAUCCGCCGGUGCCUUUUCUAGCGGAGGCGCAUUCGCCAGCGCUUCAGCAUUGCUGGGGUUUUGUUCGCUGUCUUGCCUUCAUGUCCAGUCCUGAGGAUGCUCGGAUCUCGAUACA